AUGGUGUCAUUAAGCGGCCGAACGUAUCAAGAGGAACUGUUUUCUACGGUAAAAGAACCAAAUUAUUAUAUUCAACGAGGUGAAAUUGCUACAUUCUAUUCUAGAAAAGAAAUUCUCGUAACAGGAGGCUUAGGAUUUUUAGAAAAACUUAUAAUGGCAAAACUUUUGAGAUGUUGUCCAGAAAUUACAACGAUUUAUUUGCUGAUAAGAGCAAAAAAACAGCAGGAUCCGCARACUCGAUUCAAAGAGUUUUUUAAUGAUGUUAUUAAAGAGAGAGAGCUGAAAGAUGUCGAAAACAAGAUUAUUCUGAUAGAAGGAGACACSAGUCAAUUGAAUUUAGGAAUGUCAGAAAAAGACCGCGAACGCAUUAAAGAUAUCGAUUUGAUUUUCCACAGUGCAGCAUCCGUGCGUUUUAUGGAUAAUAUUCGUUUUAUAAUUAAUACGAAUGUUAGAGGAACAAGGGAUCUUCUCUUGCUUGCACAGGAGAUGAAAAGCUUGAAGGCCUUUGUCUAUGUAUCAACGGCAUAUUCGCACUGCGUAUAUAAUAAAAUUGAAGAAAAAUUCUAUAAGCCACCUAUWAAGACAGAAGACAUAAUUAAAUGGACAGAGAUUUUGAACGAAGAUCAUUUAACUUUAUAAUUACCCU